UUAAAAAUAGCGACAGGAUAUUUUGAUGCUUGAAAAGUUAGGUUAAUAUUUCUGAAGAAUAUUUACGAAUCACCGGGACUAUUCUGAAUCGAAUUUUCUUUAUAUUUUAUUUGCGAAUUGUUACGUUGAAAGAGACACACCAUGGCACAAAGUAGAUUAGAAAAAAUUGGUACGAUUUAUAGCAGAGUCAUUUCGCUAUUAAAGGGCAAAGCUAUGAAAGAGGAGGACAAACCUAUAUGGUUGGCAGUGUACGAGGCCUUCCCUCCGAAAUAUGAACCUAGAUACGAUAGACAAUUGCCAAGGAAAGAAAUCAGACCUAUCUUUUAUGAAGAGGAUUUAAUUCGAGUAAGAUUUCACAAAGAUCAAAACUUUAUACCAGCUACUAAUUUAGCAAACGAAAAUGUAAAAUCUGCAACACAAAACUUUCUAUCUAUAUACAAAACAAUAAAAGAGCAAGAAGAAUUAUCGGAAAAUAGUGUUUAUGAAAAGGCAAUGCAACAGUAUAUUUUAGAAGUAGAAACAAGAAUGUCAAAGAAAGUAGAGUCUAAAUCAUCAAACAUAUUUACAUAAUUACAAAAUAUAUUUUUUUUUUUUGUAAAUAAAGACUUUGUUAUUUAAUAGAUAGUGAUCUAUGAGUGUUAAAAUAUAAGUGUGAUUACACUACAGAAAUAGAAAUGAUAGAAAUAUAGCAGAAUCUUAUUCAACAAGUAUAGUUUGUAUUUUGUGACAAUCAAUACAUUAAAUAACAAUGGAUUUCGGUAACAUUACAACUUAUGCUGUUGAGAUGAUAAUUAUAAUAAUCUUCAUAAUGAGAGUAAACAUGAAUUUACAAAGAUA